AUGGCCGGGCUGAUCAGCUUUGCUCGAGGCACCGUGGCGACGCUGGACGACCCCGACUUGCGUUCGGAGUUUCGCGCCGUGCAGCUGUUGACCUUCACGGUCAUCUCGCGGUGCUGCUCGCCGGGCGUGCAGAUCGCCUUAAGGUGGUGCCGAGAGUACCUCGACGCCGGCCACCGGGCGUGGCACUUCAUGGAGUCGACCUACCAAGCGCACUUUGUCGCCCCGACGAAGCAAGGAGGCCGACCGGGGCAGCGCGGACACUCUGGUGGUGGUGGUGGUAGCAGCGGCUGGAAACCAGCCAAGGACGUCGGCAAGAAGAAGUCGACCAAGGACAGCGGUCAAGGAGGAGGAAGUCGACGUCGGGAGUGCUGGCUGUGCGGCGACCCCGACCACCUCUCCUUCGAGUGCCCCGACCGCAGUGACUCCGACGACGACGACGCUAAGGGAGGCCGUGGGAGGUCUAGCAGUCAUCGUCCUCGUCGAGGAGGAAACCAGCCGCGCAAGGAGACGCAGUCGAUCAAGUCGACCUCGGCGAAGGACGCUGACUCUUCUGCUGGCGGCAAGGCGCGGGACGACAUAACGGCGUUGUGCUCGUUGGUCGGCGUCGUGGAGCCGUCCGUCUCGCUGGUGCCGGAGGCCGGCGAGGACUUCCAGGCGGUGGCGGCAGCUGUGCAGGUGAACCCGGCGGUGGUCCUGCUCGACAGCAGCUGCUCCCACCAUCUGAUGGGGACGAAGGAGGUCUUCGUCGACCUGCAGUCGAGCGGCGACAUCAAGCAUGUACGUGGCUUCAAUGGGGCGCUACAGGACGUCCAGGGCCGCAGCACCGUCGCCCUGCAAGGGGAGGCCGGGAAGCAGGUGCUGAUCACCGACGUGCUGUACGUCCCGGGUGUGCAGGCGAACCUGCUUUCGGCCGGCCAGCUGAAGGAGAACGGCGUGAAGCUGCAGGAGGACGACGACGGGAUGCUGCUCGUCUCGGCGGCCGGAGAGGUCCUCGGUCGGGAGACGUACUCCGGGCAUGCCCUCUGCACCAACUUGCAUCCCUGCUCAACGAGGUCGACGUCACCCACGCCGGAGGUUGUGGCCCUGCGGGCGAUCGUCUCUAAGACGAAGUCGACGCCGGACAGGAUGCAUGCGAGACUUGCGCACGUCGGCAUGGACACCAUACGGAGCUCGGCGAAGAACGAGGUCGCCAUUGGGCUGGACCUCAAGUCGACAACGGGGCCGACUCACCGUGUGUCUCGUGCGUCGGCGGGAAGCUGGCGCGGCACACCUUCCCCGACCAAGGCUCCGUCGCCGACGAUGUGCUGGCCGUCGUGCACAUCGACUUGUGAGGCCGUCGCAAAGAAGCUGGAUGUGCUGCUGGAGUUCCAGAAGUGGCUGGUGUUGGUGGAGAGGCAGACGAAGAAGUCGGUGCUGAUGCUUCGCUCCGACCGAGGAGGGGAGUUUCUCGGGAAGAAGUUCACCGACUUCGUGGACGGCAAGGGGAUUGUCCACGACCUUACCUGCCCGUACACCCCGCAGCAGAACGGCAUGGCGGAGACGGACGCCGACCACCCCGCCGACCGACACCCCUCAACGGCGACGCUGCCUCUACUCGCCAAGGUCGGCGACCUUGUUGCCGAGGACGCCGAGGUCGUCCGUCCUCCUUCCUCUUCCCCUCCCCCUCCGACCCCUGCCCCUCCCCUCGUGGCCGACCUGCGCGGGCUGACUUCUGUGUCGGCCUCGGGCGAUGAGGGGAGUCGUGGGACGUCGCCUUCGGCGUCGGCCAAGGGCAUCGCUGGUGGCCGACGUGACGAGCGGCAAGUCGACGGGGGAGUGAAGUCGACGUUGACAGGGGAGGAUCAGGUCGAGAAGGAGCAUCCGACAUGGGUGAAGUCGGCGAAGAAGGCAGCUGGGCAGCAGCCGACGGGGGAGCAGGCAGCGGUGAAGCCGACCACGGAGCAGUCGGCAACCAGGCAGUCGGCAGAGGAGCCGACCAUAGGGGAGAAGUCGGCCAGGAAGUCGACUGAGGGGCAGCAGGACAACGAGGGCAGCAAAGACGGUGACGACGGAGGGGACGCCGAGGAGUCCACCAAGAGCGAGGUGGUGGAGGUUCGGCCUGAACCCCGGAAGUCGGGCCGACUUCGGAGGCCGCCCGACUUCUUCGUCCACGCUGCCUUCACCACGGUGUACGACGUGGACAACGAGGACCUGGCGUACGACGACGCCGAGGAGGAUGAGGGGUUUUCGGAGCUCGACCCUGACAUGCAUGCCGAUCCUGAGCACCGUUGGGAUAUCUCGACGACGACGGUGAAGGAGGCGUUGGCGAGCUGGAAGGGCCCGGCGGUGAAGGCCGCCAUGGAGGAGGAGAUCCGCAGCCUCAUCAACAUGGGCACUACCACGUCGACGACACCGUCAAGCGCGAGAAGGCGAGGCUGGUCGUGA